AUGGCGGCAGUUGUCGCCCUCUGCUUCCGCUGCGGUCAGCCCGGACACAAGGCCGUGGCUUGUAGCGCCGCGCCGCACUGCACUGCGUGCGCGGCGGCUGGCAAGCCGGCCGAACACCGGGCGGGGAGCAAGUCCUGUGCCCCACCCGCCAAGACCAAGAGUAAGGGCAAGGGCCGGCCGUCCGUCGCCGCCACCACCACCACCUCCGCAGUGGCCACAACCGCAGCUCCUGCGGCCGCCGCCGCCUCCAACGCUGCCGCCGCUGUCAACGCCGUCGCCACUGCUGCUGUCGCGGCGCCCGUGUCUGCGUCUCAAGAGGAGGAAGACGUGAUGGAGUGCUAG